AUGCCGCCUGCGGGUCCCAACCGCGACCGCAUAAAGUACCUCAUCGACGCCUACUCGGGCUCCGGCCUCUUCACCAUCACGCUCGCCUCGCUCUUCAAGGGCAGCACCGGCAUCGACAUCGCCAAGGACUCGAUCGAGUACGCCCGCAAGAACGCAAAGCUCAACGGCCUCCCCGAGGAGCAGUGCAACUUCAUGGCCGCCGACGCCCCGGAGCUGUUCAAGCACGUGACGUACCCCGCGGACGAGACGGUCGUCGUGAUCGAUCCUCCGCGCAAGGGCUGCGAUAAUGACUUCUUGAGCCAGCUGCUGCGCCACGGGCCGAGGCGGGUCGUCUACGUGAGCUGCAACGUGCACACGCAGGCGCGCGACGUCGGCGUGCUUGUGCGCGGCGACGGGGGCGACGGCACAAAGUACGAGAUUGAGAGCCUGGUGGGAUUCGACUUCUUCCCGCAGACGGGACACGUCGAGGGCGUGGCGGUGUUGAACAGGGUGGAAAAGGACGCGUAA